CAGAUUUUAAAUUGCAUAUGUUAAACCAGUGACACAGUGUAAUUUUUCAUGUUAGAUUGUAAACUAGUAAACUACUUGCUGAAAAUACAGCCUGCAGCAUUUUUAGCAAGACUAGAUUGCAUGCGAUCUAGCAUGAAAAAUUAAUAUAUUUAAUAUUAUUUUUGUUGCUAAUGGACGAGUGUCAAUCACGAUGGACGCGAUUAAGAGAGCGAUACACAAGAGAAAAAAAACAAAGACAGGAAGAAACAACUACUGGAAGUGGAGCAUCAAAAAGGAAAACUUUUGAGUUUUUUAACAACAUGCAAUUUUUGGAUCCAUUCGUUAAGAAAAGAAGAACAAUGACUAAUGUGCAACAUGCCAAAAGCUCUCCAUUGACAAAACGAUGUAUUUCUCUUCAAAAAAACUUUAACUUUAGUAACGAAAAAGAAAAUCUCUCUUUGGCGAAUGUGGCUACCUUACAACAGAAUUUUUCAAAAGUUAACAAUGCAGAAUCAUUGGAACAAAAUCGAUUUACAAGCUUAAGUGGCAGAAACGUUAAUGUAUCUCCUACAAAUACAACUACUUUACUUGAACAACAACAGUCUUUUACAGAAAUAAAUCAAGCAAAAAUAAAUCAAAGAUAAAUAUUUUUACAAGCAUUUUUAUUUCUGGCAUUUUUUUAAUAAAUUUUUUAUUUGUUUCAUUUAAAAAAAAUUUAUAUUUGUGUUUAGAGACUCAACUUCACUUUCACACAAAUCAAGCGACGCGGUAACAUCAUGCCAGUCUGAUGCUUCUUCAAUAUCAGUAUUAAGUGCCUCUGAUUAUGCGCGAAAGAAAGGUUUAAGUAGGCAAAUAAAAUCAAAAGGAAAAUCGCAGCCAGAUGUCGUAAAUGCAAUUUCUAAAGUUACAUCUUUACUAGAGAAUAAAUACUCUUCAAUUUC